UGCGUGAUGGUCAUUUUGCACAAUAGACAGUUGACAACAGACUUCUUCGCAUUAAUCUUUAGUAUGGAUAUAUCUACGUAUCCAGGCUAUAGAGGUACUAAGUUUUUACGUAUUCCUCACGGUUCUGAAAUACACUUUACGCAAUUUUUUCAAUUAGUAUAUUACACACAUACAUAUUGCGUCUUAUACAAAUUUCAUAUUUUAUAUAUCUUACAAUAAAGUUAAUCUAUAUUUGUUAUAUAUUUUCAUUAUAAAGUCUGUGGCUUUGUUACGCCUUCUGUAGUUUUUGUUAUUUGAAUACAAAGUUUUUAUAUUACAUCUGUAACAUGUACUUUGUGUGGGCUGUUGAAUUAAAUCGAUACGGUUUGGAAUUUGUCGGUUUAUGGCCAACAAUUGACAAAGCAGCCAAACAUAGCUACAUAUCCAAUCUUCGUGCUUACAUUAGUUUCAUCAUUAUAACGUUUGUUUGUGUUAUUCCUCUCAUAUGUUCUCUUAUACGAGUUCUAAAUGAUAUAAUACUUGUGAUAGAUAACUUGCAAUUUACACUACCUAUCAUGGUGGUUUUAUUUAAAUUUAUUAUUAUGCGAUGGAAACAAACAGCUCUCUUAUCCAUCUUAAACAUGAUGGCGAAUGACUGGAUAGCAAUCAAGAUAGAUACACAGAGGGAUGUAAUGCUGAAGUGGGCACGAACUGCCCGAUUCAUCGUAAUUUGUGGUUACACAAUGAUAGGAUGUGCAGCGAUUAUAGCCAUCCUUUUUCCAUACUUUGGUGUACCAUUUAGGCGAUUGUCGAAUCUUACGGAUAGCGAUAAGCCAUUGCCGAUACAGGGAUAUUACUUCUACGACACAGAUUUGAGUCCACAAUUCGAGCUGACAUUUAUUAGUCAAGCUAUAAUGAUAAUCCUGGCAGCCGUUAUUUAUACAUCAGUAGACGCCCUCCUUGGACUAGUGAUUCUGCACACUUGUGGCCAGUUAGAGAAUUUCAAAUAUCAUUUAGCCAGUAUGGCUGCGUCUGACAAUUUUGAUAGUGCUUUACGUAAUAGCGUGAUCAUCCAUAUACGACUUAUCAGAUUUUCCAAUAAAAUCGAAGAUAUGUUCGCGCUGAUGCUGUUGGGGUUGGUAGUUUACUUUGCUAUCGUAUUUUGUCUUUACGGGUUUCUGCUACUCAGUGUGAUGACGGAUGAACAAAUAAGUGACGUACCUUUGUCACGAAUAUGCUACAUGAUAGUUACUAUUACUAUUUUCUUAGCACACACGUUUCUCUACUGCGGUGCUGGUGAGCUUAUGACAGAACACACAAAGAUUAUUCAAAUAGGUAUUUACAUUAAUAAUCAUAGCUGUCUGGAACUUAAUUAUAAAAUACCUGUUUUAUAUGUAUGUACAUGUCAGUGUGAUGCAAUAUAUGAAGCUAUAUGCGAUCUUGAUUGGUAUAAGUUGAACUCAAGGAGAGAAAGGAAUCUUAUGUUACUAAUGAUACGGGCUAGCGAACCCUUUCGCAUCACUGCAGGGAAAGUGGUGCCAUUAACAAUGACUACCUUCUGCAGCCGAUUCCUUUUCUUUGUGAUGAUAGUAUUGAACCUCUGGGUUACUAUAAAAAGCGAUUGUACAGGAUGUGUCAGCCGAAAGAAAAAUGUGAACGAGAUAUGUAAGGACAGCAAAAACUUAAUGGAUAAGGGGAGGUCUUACGUAAGAGAUGUCAAUCUGUAAUAAUAAAAUUUCGAUAAUUACAAGU